CUAAUUCCGUGCUGACACAGUGGGAACCGAAAAUGCAGUCAAGGUGUUUGUUAGCUGCGAAGCUUGUCUGGUGCUUGGUGGUAUCGUUGUCCACGUUAGGGCUCCCCUCGUGUAGGGCCGUAGCGAUAGAAUCACCCGAACCAGCCUCUCUUCUGCGACCUAGGGACGUAAAUCCACACCCAUACCAGAAUGCCUACGAGGGGAUCGCCAUCUUCGACCGGAACCUCAUUACCAACAGCGAGAAAUUUAGCGAAAAUCUUCUCAAUCAAGGUCCCAUACAGUUCCCACGGUUGCGAGAAGGAAGCACUGUUAACGGGUUGCCCUAUCCGUACGAAACGCUGGCCCUCAAGGAACGGCAGCACAAGAUGGUACGGUUUUCCGGUGCCGAUAGCCAGACGGUGAAACCGGCUUACCAGGCGUUGGCCAAACAUGCUGCCCGGGUACUUGGCAAAAGCUACGCCGUGGAGGAUAUCGAUAGUUAUAAUGAAGCGUCCUCGAACGUGAAGAAGAACUAUGUUUUUUCUUACGCCGUCAAAGACACAGCUUCAGGUGAUGAUUUUUCGCACACCCAGCAACAGCAGCAGGACGGCGCAGUCAAGGGCAGCUACAAGGUGCAUCUGCCGGACGGACGCAUGCAGAUCGUCAAGUACGUUGCCGACAACAAUGGCUACCGAGCGGACGUUACCUACGAGAACGAUCCGGCGGGCGUUGUGGCAGCCCAACCCACUGGACCAGUGGUACCGGUAGCUACGGGAUCGCCCAAUCCGGCAACCUAUCAAACGUACUACGCAAACACGCCCGUCCAACAACCGCAGCAACAGUACCUCACCCGAAUUCGACCAGCCCGUCUGUACUACGCAGCACCGAACGCGAACCAAAUUCCCGCACCUUUCUAUCCCACUCAAUUGCGUCCGAGUGAUGUGAAGAUCCACAGCUACAACACGGCACCACAUGCCGGAGCAGUGAUCGCUUCCACCACCACUCAAGCCACUCCAGCAUCUGGAGCAUAUUUGGCCACUUUUCCGGCAUCCGGCAACCUGGCAUACAUUGCGACAUCAUCCGCCAACGGGCCGAUUGGGACGGUACAGCUGCAAUCGAACGGUGGUGCUGCCGGUACGAUCGCGGUUCCCGUGACAGCAAUCCCGCUGGCGGCGUACCGUGACAUCAACGUCCCACCGCCACCGCCCGUCCAACCGAUCGGUGUAGCAUUCGCUUCGGCAGGUCGUCGUACGACAGUUUACGUUGAUGCGGCGCGUGUCUCGCCCCAGGGCACACUACAGCAAGCGAUCUACCAGCAGCAGCAGCAACCAGCGCAAGCUCAACAGCAAGCAUUAGACUAUGGAUACGUGCAGAUUCCGGUUGACAAUCGGGUGUACAAACGGGACACAGAUCGUAGUACGGAGGUGGUAGCCGAUCAACAAAAGCACCCUAAAAAAGCACUACAGAAGACGCGAAACCAAGCGAAACGCCAGCAGCCGGAGCGCAAAGCGAUGUAA